UUGUUGUAUAUGGAGUCGGGUAUCAAGUUAUUUUACAUACCUGUGGAUAAAACCCAUAAAGUAAUAAAUUACUUUAUGAUAAACACGAUCACGGACUAAAUUUAUAAAUUAAUUAUUAAUAUAAUAUAUUGACCACGAUUAAAGAUAUACGAUAAAACUUAAAUUUAAUAAUAUAAUCUGUGAUAAUAUUUUUUCACGUCCAACUACCACGAAGCAGUACUUGUUGCUACUUGCAAGUAUUCCAUAUACAGAAAUUCUAUUAUACAGAAAUCUGUGUGAUUUGUAAUUUUACCACAUAAAUAUAAGUAAAUAACUAUUUUUUUCAGCUGUACAUGUUCAGUUGUUCAAUGUCUCUUUUUUUAACUAUUGCUAGUGUCUAUAAUGUAUAACUAAUAUUAUAUUAAAAUCUACAUUAUUUAUUCAGCAUCGCACGGAGUUCGGAUCCACAUUUUGAUUGCAACAUUGUGAAAAGCUUUGGUGGCUACAAGUUUUUGUUCCACGAUUAUCAGAUACCAUCCUCACUACGGUGGCGUGUCAGGAAUUGCCACAGAACAAGGCCACAAGAGUACAACUCGACUGCCAAAGCCUGUUCUUAUACCAAACAGAGUAACUAUUUAAGAAAUGUCUUCGUCACAAGACUCAAGAAAUGAUGAUCCAUCCACAUGUGAGAUUGUCGAUUUUGGUAUCUACUAUUUGGACAUGGUGCAAUGUCCAUUAGAUCCAAACCACAAACUUCGACGUCACAGGUUGCCAUAUCAUAUUUUAAAGUGCAGAAAGAAUUUUCCGGAUAAAGUUCAAUGCCCUUAUGGACAUUACUAUUAUUUAGAAAAACAGGAAAUGGCUAAUCAUCUACAGACAUGCCCUCAUAAGCCUAGGACAGCUCAAGCUGAAGAAAUGCAACCAUACAAAGUGCAAGCUCAACAAGCUAGAAAUGAGAAUAUCAAAUACAACUAUGAUGUUGAUAAUUAUACAAUUGAUGAACCCUAUUGGGAUUAAUUUUGUUUAUCCAUUUUUUUUACAUUAAAUUUAAAUGCAACUGAUACCACUUAUUACUAAACACCAUUAAAAACUGUUGAAUAUUAUAUAAGCUAAUGAUAUUUUUACUGUAAGGAUAGAAGUAAAUGCCUACAGGCAUUGAUCAAAUUUUCAAUUUUUUAAAAAAAAUUUCAAGUAAUUCAAAGCAUCAAAUAGUUUUUUUUAAAAUUAUAAUCAUUACAAUAACUGCCAAAAAAAUGUAUGUGAAUUCUAUUAGUAUAUUUUUAACUUAAAAAUAUGCUCUCAUUUAAUACAUUAUGUAAUAAGAUUAUAUUAUACAGCAUACGUUAUGCAGCAUAAUAUAUUUUUGCAUAACAUUAUUUCUAUAUUAUUACAGCAUUUAUCACUAAUAAUUUAACAUUGUAAGACAAUUUAAUUUAAUUUACUUAUUUUAUUUUAAUGGACAUUUUUACAACAAAUGUAAUUUUAAUUAAUUGUAUUAAAUAGCUCCAGACUCAUUGAAUCCAAAUAAACAUUAGCUUACUUCUCACAAUGUUUUUAAAUAUUUAUUUUGAGUAAAACUGUAUCAUAAGUUUCUUGCAGUUAAAAAUUCAAGUCUAGAUGGUAAUUAAAGAAAUCAUUAUUUUGAUUUCUGCAUUAAUUUCUUUCAACCUUAGGAAAAUGUACAGACAAUUUUGAAAUAUUGAAGAAUCACAACAAUGUUAUGUUCAAACUGAGCUUAGUGCUUACAUAGUAAUACACCGCUAUCCAGUGCAAGGGCAGACAAAAUAAAAUGAGUGCCAGAUAUUCAAGUGUCUGUUUUUAUUUUAUACCCGUACCCGCCACUUCUACAGAGAAAUUGACUUGAUGUAAAUAAUAUUUAAGGGUCUCCAAUCACUUACUAUUUAUCAUAUUUUUUGAAUGGGCUCACUUUUUCUUGCUUCUUUGUCAUUGAUUUCCUUACUCUUUUUUAUAACUUUAAAUAUGGUCUGGAUCUGUGUAUUCAAAAAUACCAAAAAUCAAAAUUUAAAUGUAUUUAAUUUAAGCAUAAUAAUUAGGUGAACAUGCUUUAGACAUCAGCCUAACUGGUAGAUAUACUAUUCCAUGACAAAAUAGAUCUAUUUUGUCAUGUACUAUUCCUACCAAUUAUUAUAACACUAAAAAAAAAAAAAAA